GAGGGAGUGCCCGCACAGCUCCUGCUCACUCCCAACAGGAGCUCCAGAUAUACAAGCCAAGCAGAUUCUCAGCUCUGCCAAGUGGAACAAAGCAGGAGCCCUCUUCAGACGUAGGGGUAGCCACGGGAAGUCUCAUCAGCAAAACAGGAGAAAUAGGAAACAGGAGACGGGACCUCUACAGAGAGAGGGCAGGCCGGCUCUUGGGGGUGCCAAUGUGGCCCCAAGGCCGAGCCCAGUUGGGGUCUGGCAUCAGCCUCAGCCCCCCAAAGAACCAGCCUUCCACCCCAUGGGGUGGUCACUGCCCACGGAGAAGGGGUUGAUACUCUGCCUAUGGAACAAGUUCUGCAGAUGGUUCCACAGACGAGAGCCCUGGGCUCAGAGCCGAGACGAGCAGAACCUGCUGCAGCAGAAGAGGAUCUGGGAGUCGCCUCUUCUUCUAGCUGCCAAAGAAAAUGAUGUCCAGGCUCUGAACAAGCUGCUCAAAUUUGAAGGAUGUGAGGUGCACCAGAGAGGAGCCAUGGGGGAAACUGCACUGCACAUAGCAGCCCUCUAUGACAACCUGGAGGCUGCCAUCGUGCUGAUGGAGGCUGCCCCAGAGCUGGUCUUUGAGCCCAUGACCUCUGAGCUCUAUGAAGGUCAGACUGCACUGCACAUCGCAGCAAUAAACCAGAAUGUGAACCUGGUCCGCGCCCUGCUUGCCCGAGGGGCCAGUGUCUCUGCCCGAGCUACAGGUUCAGUCUUCCACUACAGCCCUCACAACCUCAUUUACUACGGAGAGCACCCUUUGUCCUUUGCUGCCUGUGUUGGCAGUGAGGAGAUUGUUAGGAUGCUCAUUGAGCAUGGAGCUGACAUCAGGGCCCAGGACUCCCUGGGAAAUACAGUACUGCACAUACUCAUCCUUCAGCCCAACAAAACCUUUGCCUGCCAGAUGUACAACCUGCUACUGUCCUAUGAUGGGGGAGACCACCUGAAGUCCCUGGAACUUGUAACCAACCACCAGGGACUCACCCCCUUCAAGCUGUCUGGAGUAGAAGGCAACAUUGUGAUGUUCCAACACUUGAUGCAGAAGCGGAAACACAUCCAGUGGACAUAUGGGCCAUUGACCUCAACUCUUUAUGACCUCACUGAGAUCGACUCCUCAGGAGAUGAUCAGUCUUUGCUGGAACUUAUUGUUACUACCAAGAAGCGGGAGGCUCGCCAGAUCCUGGACCAGACACCUGUGAAGGAGCUGGUGAGCCUCAAGUGGAAGAGGUAUGGGAGGCCCUACUUUUGCGUGCUGGGCGCCAUCUACGUGCUAUACAUCAUCUGCUUUACCGUGUGCUGCGUCUACCGUCCCCUCAAGCCCAGGAUCACUAACCGCACCAAUCCCCGUGACAACACCCUCCUGCAGCAGAAGCUUCUUCAGGAGGCAUAUGUGACCCCCAAGGAUGAUCUUCGGCUGGUGGGGGAGCUGGUGAGCAUCAUUGGGGCUGUGAUCAUCCUGCUGGUGGAGAUUCCAGACAUCUUCAGGCUGGGAGUCACUCGAUUCUUUGGGCAGACCAUCCUUGGGGGGCCAUUCCAUGUCAUCAUUAUCACUUAUGCCUUCAUGGUGCUGCUGACCAUGGUGAUGCGGCUCACCAAUGCAGACGGGGAGGUGGUGCCCAUGUCCUUUGCUCUGGUGUUGGGCUGGUGCAAUGUCAUGUACUUUGCCAGAGGAUUCCAAAUGCUGGGUCCCUUCACCAUCAUGAUUCAGAAGAUGAUUUUUGGUGACUUGAUGCGAUUCUGCUGGCUGAUGGCUGUAGUAAUCCUGGGAUUUGCUUCAGCCUUCUAUAUCAUCUUCCAGACAGAGGACCCUGAUGAGCUGGGCCAUUUCUAUGACUACCCCAUGGCACUGUUCAGCACCUUUGAACUCUUUCUCACCAUCAUUGAUGGCCCUGCCAACUAUGACGUGGAUCUGCCCUUCAUGUACAGCAUCACCUAUGCAGCCUUUGCAAUCAUCGCCACACUGCUCAUGCUCAACCUCCUCAUUGCCAUGAUGGGUGACACUCAUUGGAGAGUUGCCCAUGAGCGGGAUGAGCUCUGGAGAGCACAGGUUGUGGCCACCACUGUGAUGCUAGAACGGAAGCUGCCUCGCUGCCUCUGGCCUCGCUCUGGGAUAUGUGGGCGCGAGUAUGGUCUUGGGGACCGCUGGUUCCUGAGGGUGGAAGACAGGCAAGAUCUCAACAGACAACGCAUCCGCCGCUAUGCACAAGCCUUCCAGCAACAAGAUGACCUCUACUCUGAGGACUUGGAAAAAGACUCAGGAGAUAAACUGGAGAUGGCACGUCCCUUUGGUGCCUAUCUGUCCUUUCCUACACCCUCAGUGUCUCGAAGUACCUCCCGGAGCAGCACAAACUGGGAAAGGCUUCGACAAGGGGCCCUAAGGAGGGACCGGCGGCGAGGGAUAAUCAACCGGGGCCUAGAAGAUGGGGAGGGAUGGGAGUACCAGAUCUGAAGGUUGGUUCUCAUCAAGCAUCAGAACAGAAUGAAAGAAAGCCAGUUAAAAAUAUAGGCAUCACCCUUGAACUCCAAGGGUGAUGGGGGAGGAGCAUGCCAAGGAAUGCAAAUGGAGAAUAGAUGCUCCAGGUUUCCACAACUCCUUCAGCUUGGAGCAAAUGGCAGAAGACUCCAUAGUCCUUGUCUCAACCAAGCAUUCCUUGUUCUCUUCUUGAAGCUCCACUGCACACCAGAGCACUUUAAAGGCAGGCUUGCUGUCUCGGGCACCUGUCUCCAGCCAGGUCUUCUAAGAGGGAAGGGACAGAACUCUUCCUAGUGUGCUGCAGACAACUCAUGGAGAACACUGAGUUUGUGGAAGGGUGUGUGACGGAGAGAAUGCAGGCAUCAGUCUAAGGGUGGGGAAGCUAGGCUGAGCCUUGCCACCUUCCAAUAAAGUCAUUUCCUGAUUCCCCACCCA